UUUUCAAAAUGGACAAAAAGAAGGAGACUAAGGACAAAGAUGUCACCAUGGGGGAUAAGAAGGAGGAAGAAGUCAAGGAAGAGAAGUUUGACCCCUACCUAGAGAUUAGAAAACAGCUCAUUCUUCUUGAUAAAGCUGUCGAAGAGAAGGAUACCAAAGCAUGCGGAGUCGUUGCUAGAAAUUUCAAAAGAAUCAGAGCUGAAUUCUCCCUCAAAGAUGUCGGAUUGAUAUUUGACCAUUAUCUCCCAGAACUCUCUGCUAAGAUAAAUCUCCCUAAGUAUGAUCCUGAUAUUGUGAAAUUUGACAUUGAAGAGAAGUUACACCUCAAUAAAGAGCGUGCAGCCAUUCUGGUCGAUACAUUCGAGGCGAAAUGUUUCUUAUAUAUUCUUCUCAUUAUGAAGCUUAUUGAUGAAAGAAAGAUCAAAAUGGCUAAAGAAUUUGUUGACUUUGCUCGAGCACAGAUAGACCUUGAAAACUCUAGAACUCUUGACCACUUCUUCUCAAAAAUUUACUAUUAUUCAGGUUUCAUUUAUGAGAAACUUGGAGAGUUAAACGAUUUUGUGCCUCAUUUCUUAGAAGCAUAUAGAGCGGCUUGUCAUAGAAAUGAUGAACAGACUCAGGCAACUUUGAUUAAUUACAUAUUAAGAUCAUAUAUCAAUGACCAUCUAUACACUCAGGCUGCGAAUUUCAUUGAAAUCUGUACUUUGCCAGAGAACGUAUCUCCAAACCAGCAAGCAAGAAACUUAUAUUAUGAGGCUAAAAUUCAAGCUGUACAGAUGAAGUACCCAGAAGCUCAGGCUCAUGUAAUCCAGGCUAUCAGAAAGGCUUCUGAAUUCACUGGAAAGGCUUUCAGAGUUCAAGCAAUGAAGCUUCGCAUCAUUGUAACACUACUCAUGGGUGAGAUUCCAGACAGGAACCUCUUCUCUGACCAAGAGAUGAAAUCCGAUCUGUACCCUUACUUCAUAAUUGUCCAAAGAGUCAGAGAGGGUAACAUUGAAGAGUUCAUGAAGGUUGUUAAUGAGCACGAAGAGAUCUUCAAGAGGAACGAUAAUUAUAAUCUCUUGAUCAGGCUGAGACACAAUGUCAUAAAAUUUGGACUCAGAAAGAUCAAUGCUAGUUACUCAAGAAUCUCUCUCUCAGAUAUUACUACCAAGCUUGGUCUUGAUUCCGUCAAAGAGACUGAGAGUAUCGUUACCAAAGCUAUUAGGGAUAAGGUCAUCAAUGCUGUUAUCAAUAGAGAAGAAAAGGAGCUAAAGACUAACGAAGUGGCUGAUGUCUACACAAGUAAUGUCCCCACAGCCCAACUUGAUAAGAGAAUCAGGUUCUGAAUGGAGAUCUAUAAUGACUCUGUCAAAGCACUUGAAUUCCCUAAAAAGGAACAAGAAAAGAUCGACUUCAAUCUUGACGAUGAUGAUGAGAUUCAAGAUGAGCAAGAGCUGGUUGAAUCCCUUCUUGAAGAAUUUGAAGACAUGUAAAUCUUUAUAAGUUGCCUUAGCAGUCAAUUAUUUUGUAAUAAA